GGUAUAGUACUGCAGUAGCCAUGGAGGAGUUGAGCGCCGUGGGAGAACAGGUUUUUGAUGCUGAAUGCAUCCUUAACAAAAGGCUCAGAAAGGGAAAGUUGGAGUAUCUGGUGAAGUGGAGGGGGUGGUCAUCUAAACACAAUAGCUGGGAGCCUGAGGAGAACAUCCUUGAUCCAAGACUGCUGGCUGCAUUUCAUAAGAGGGAACAGGAAAAGGAAAUUUUAUUCCGCAAAAGAGGAAAAAGGCCCAGGGGAAGGCCACGGAAAAACAUGGAAACAUCGGCUCCUGUAGUAGCAAAAUCAAGCAGCUCUUCCUCAUCAUCAUCUUCAUCAAGUUCGUCUUCGUCCUCUUCCUCUUCGUCCUCUUCGACGUCCUCCUCCGAUGAAGACAAUGACCCCGAGACAAAGCCGGGUCCGCGGAGCCGUGAACUCCACCCAGUGCCACAGAAGAAAGCUCAGAUACUUGUUGCAAAGCCAGAGCCAGUGAAGAAGAAAAGAGGAAGGAAAGCCCUCCCCCCAGAGCUGAAGGCACUUAGACAGAGCAAGAGUCCCCGCAAGGCUUUAAAGACAGCCGCUAAAGACUCUCCUGUCGAGCCAAAAGUUGGCAUCAAGAAGCCACUUCAGCCAGCUAGCUUCACUUACACAGGAUUGAGCAGAGGUACAAGGGACUUUAUCUCUGGCAGUUCUCAAGGCGGGGGCUCUUUCACACAAGGCAGCUCUGUGAAAAGCUCUUUGAAUACAACUGGAGCCAACCGGCCUGUGGCCACAGCCAGCCCUUCCCUUGGCAGACUGGCUACAAACAAGAAUGCUUCAGACUUCAAACUGUCUGUUUCUGACGUAGGUAGUAGCGCAGGGUUAGACUCGAAAAGUGCUGCCUCCAAGUCCUCUGGAGUUGCAGCACUUAAUUUACACAAUUCAAAACUAUCCAGCAGCAAUCAGGGUGCCCCCCAGACGCCUCUCGGAUCUCCAAAUGGGCAGAAGAAGCAAGAGGGGCCUGGGCAGAAUCCCGUGGCACGGCUCUCGAGCAGCAAGCCAGCUGCUGUACCCUCCCCUUCGAAAGGCAGCACCAACCAGGCACUAAGCCUGCAGGCACUAAACCUACAGAGUGUGAACAAGACGGCACAGAGCAGCACCCCCUCAGGGAAUGGCACCACUCAGGGAUCAAGCCUGAAGAACACAGGAAGUCCAAUCAGAAAAACUAUGGGUAGUACCGCUCGGCAUACGAACAGCUCAGGACAAAAUGUCCCAACUACAGGGAACCAGCAUCCUGUACCAAGAAACAGCCAACCUGGAGGAGAUGCUGGAAAGCUUGAAGAAAACAGUAACAAGGGUCCAGUUGAAGGUGAAAAGCAGAACAAAAGGACUGGGAAAGUGGAAAAGAGCUUUUCUCAGAAUAACCAGUCAGCAGAUGGUGGAAGCAACAAGCCAAGGCAAGAGAGGACAUCUUCGAAGGACAGCAGCAAACCUACAAAGGUCCUGAGCGAGAUGAGCACUGGGGAGGAUGAGACCAGUUCCGACUCAGACCAGGAUUCCCACUUCUCCAGUAACAGGCAGAACAUGUCCAUUGCUGUGCAGACCAGCCAGGACUGGAAGCCCACACGCAGCCUGAUUGAGCAUGUCUUCGUCACUGAUGUCACAGCUAACUUGGUCACUGUGACAGUCAAGGAGUCCCCAACCAGUGUUGGGUUUUUUAACAUCCGGCAUUACUGAAUAUGCUGAUUGGCACCUCUUCACCAUUGUCUUUAUUAAACUGGAAAUACCCUACCUAGGCAUGGGGACGUUAAGCAAGAACAGAACAUGAAUUUAGGGGAGGAGAUAAGCUAUAAGGUCAGAAUAGAAGAGGCCUUUUGACCCACCUAGCCUGUUUGCUGUAGUGGUGACAAAUCUAAGUAUUAAUAAUUUUAUUUGUGAGCUUUUCCAUCUUGUGCUUUGCACUUUUUGUUUAUAGUAUUCAUCUCUUCAUCCUUUUUACUGAUAGAGAACAAAGGGAAAUUAAGAAUCAAAUUCUUUUUCCAAGGCAGACCUGUAGUUCCCAAAAGUCCUUCUUUGAUACAUUUUUGAGAAUUCCCAGAAAUGCUUAAAACAUUUUUCUGUGUUGUGAUCUCAACUGUAUUCAGAUGUUUCAGAAGUAAUUAAGGUUCCUUUUCCAAUUA